AUGGUUCAGCCAACAGUUGAGACUCGAUCUCAGGAUUUACUUUUAGAUGACCAUGUGGAACAGAUUUUAAAGAUUAAAGCUACUAUGAAUGAGAUUCGCACAAUCCGGGAUCGUGAACGAGAAGAAGAACGUGAAUUCCAAAAAGCAAUGCUGACUUGGAUGAAGCAACUGGAUCCUGAGUUUUUCUCUGAUGUUAGCAAUUUUCCAAAUUCGAUUGUGAAGUUACUAGAACCCGUGGUUGAUGAUGCUUCUAGGGAUACGUUGUCGGCAGCUCCAACGGUUUUGGAUGAAGUCGAUCAUGAAUGCAGCAACACAUCGCCAGAAGAUGAAUUAUUAUCAGUGGUUUAUGCGUCGGAAGUGGAAUCCAAAACACCACCGUUGUUUCUACAACCACCUCUAUCAUUAACAACGGUUGAAGAGACAUCUGACAUGGCUAGCGAUUUUCAAUCUUAUCUUCCUUCCAAUGCAAUUCCAGUUGAGUUGAUGGAUUUGCCCUAG